CUUCUCGACAGUCGUUCGCCAGUGCGUUUAACUACUAUUAUGGGUUUAUUAUGUUUCACGAGGCGUUCAGAGUUUGAUUAAAACACAAAAAUCGAUUUAUUCUAACCUUAAAUAAUGGAAAUCUUUAACGUAGAGAGCCGCGUGGCGGCUCUCCCUCUCUCUGCACUGCGUCUGGUUGUGCCUCCUCUUCGGCUGAUGUCAGCGUUUCUAUGGCAGAUGGUUCAGCGUCGUAAUGUGAUACAGUACGGGAAGCUGGAGCAAUUUGUGGUGCUGGUGACCGAGACCGUGCCAGACAUCAUGAGUCGAAGUCUGGUUAAUAAACUGAUCUUUCACCUGCGGAAAAAGGUGAUAUUGGAGCUUUGUCUAAGAGAUAAAAUGCCAGAUCUUUGGGUCAUUCAAGCACAUCUGGAUUCUCUGCGAAAUCUCACACAUAAAUGUAAAGAUGUGGAAAGUGAGAUCAUCAAUAACAAAUUUAUCAGAAUGGUGCACAACAUUUUAGAGGAUGCAGAAAAGAAAGAUAAUUUCAUCCAGCAUGUCUUCCCUGUAGAAUAUGGAUCUGGAUAUGAUGCAGUAUUACAGAGCCUUGCAUGGGAUUUCCUGUCUCGAGUAGAAGAUCUGCUGCCAGUGCCCAACCUCAAAGAGACAGCAUCCUGGCUUUGCGGCGGUCUUUCGAUGAUGGAGGAGAUUGUGCAGCCACUCUCAGAUCCAGCUGAGAUCAAGGAUGUUCUGCAGCAUUUCAAAACCAAAAGACUGCACACAAGAAACAAUGAGCAAUCUCAAAGAGUUAUCAGUGAAAUGUCCAUUCCAUCUACAGCUGAAGUAGUUUGUUUGCCUCAUCCAGUCUCGCCUGACAUUACCAUUGAACAUGAGGAAACUUUGCCUCCCACCUCCAUAGCACAAGAGACAAUUAUCAUUGAAUCAGAAGGCACAGAGAACCAAACAGAAUCUGAUCAAGCGGCCAUCGCCAUAAUGAGCCCUUCUCAGAGUUACACAGAAGAGGCUGAGUCUUUAGCGGGCAACGAGGAGUUCACAGCAAUAGCUUCCACUGAAGAAGCAGAGGAAGGCUUACAACAAGAAGAGGUACUUUGUGAAGAGAAAGACUCAGGCGUCUGUGAAGUCCAGCAGAUCUACCUAACCACAGACGGCUCUACCGUGGUGGUGUCAGAGUUUGAAAACGAGGGAGAGGAGGAGACUCAACUGCAGUUUCUAGAUCAAUCAGAGAUGGUGGAAACGUCUGGUGUGAGGCAAGUCAGUUUAGAGCAGUGGAUUUCAGAAUUAACAGGAAAGGGCAUCUCUCUACCAGUUUUGCCUCCAACUCCUGUUGAGAUUGUGAGGGAAGAGACCAUCUACGUUCCUGUCAUAGAAAGACCACCGUCUGUGAAGUCUAUCAUCCACAGAAAGAGCAGUCCGCCUCGAGCCGCAGUUUCCAAAAAGACAGCAGCCAUUCCUUCUGAGUCCCAGACAACACAGGAGGAGAAAAGACACAGCUGUCCCGAGUGUCACAAAGAAUUCCGCUUCGAAUGCCUGCUGAGGAAUCACAUGCGUACUCACACGGGCGAGCGGCCGUUCCAGUGUUCAGACUGCGCCAAAAGCUUCAGGUGCCUCAGCUUCUUGACCAAUCACAUCAAAACGCACUCGCUCGCCAGACCUUUCAAAUGCAUACAGUGUGUCAAGACUUUUCGCAAGAAAGCAGACCUCAUCAAACACAUCCGUGUGCACACUGGCGAGAAACCGUACAAGUGCACCAUCUGCGGCAAAAGCUUCUCUCAAGGCUCAUACUUGAAGAUUCACCGUGAAUGCCACACCUCAGAGAACCUGCACCAGUGUCCUCACUGCGACAAGAGUUUCCCGACAGCAUUUAAGCUGUCCAUUCACAUCCGCUACCAUUCCAUGGAGCGCUCGUACCAGUGUAACCAAUGCGGGAAGAGCUUCAUCUACGCCAGCCUCCUUCGAAGACACAAAGGUUAUCAUGCAGGCGAGCGGCAGCAUCUGUGCUCCAUCUGCGGCAAGUCCUUCGUCUACAUGUUCGACCUGAAAAAGCACCAGCGCAACCAUGAGAGACCACGAAUCAAGAUCCCGUGCACCCUUUGUAACAAGACGUUUGCAGGACCCGAGAUGCUGAGGUGCCACCUGCGCAUACACACCGGAGAACGUCCAUUCCGCUGUAAGAUCUGCGGAAAAGCCUUCUCUCAGAUCGGGAACAUGAAGAGACAUGAGCGCGUGCACACGGGCGAGAGGCCGUUCACCUGUGAAAGAUGUGGGAAGACAUACAAGCACUCGUCUCACCUGAAGAACCACAUGCUCAGCCACACGGGUGAGCGGCCGUGGCAGUGCUCUCAUUGCGGGAAGAGCUUCAAGUUUGCUGGGCCUCUUAAGAAACAUGAGAGAACUCACUUGGUUGAACAAGGAAAUUGUAGAAGAAGCUACGACCAAACACGUAGCCGCAUGAAACAAGAACACAAAAACCCUUCAUUGAAAGUAGGGAUUUAACAAUGAUCAGCUGACUGGAUUAACUUGUCAUUACUUUAAAAGGUAAUAGAAGUUUGUAUUCCAAACCAUGCUUUUACAAUGCAACUUAUGAUUGAAACUGCACACAGAAAUACUUCAUAAAUUCUUACUCUUUGGUAUUUUAAAGGAAUAGUUUGCUGAAAAUUUACCCUGAGGCCACCCAUGAUGUAGAUGGGUUUUGGAGAAAUUUGCUCUCCAAAGGAUCCUCUGCAGUGAAUGGGUGCUAUCAGAAUGAGAGUCCAAACAGCUAAUUUAAACAUAAUAAUAAUACGCAAGUAAUCCACACCACUCCAGUGUGAAAUUGUAAAGUUCUUGAUUAAAUUAUUUAUUAUUCACAGCUUUUUGCUUCACAAGACAUUAAUUGAAGGGCUGAAGUGGUGUGGAUUAUAGUGAUUUUUUUUUUUUUUAUCCGUUGUUUGGACUCUCAUUCUGACGGCACCCAUUCACUGCAGAGGCUCCAUUGGUGAUCAAGUGAUGUAAUGCUAAAUUUCUCCAAACUGGUUCCAAUGAAAAAAACACUACAUCUACAUCUUGGAUGUUCUGAGGGUGAGUACAAGUUUAAUUUUUGGAUGAACUACUCCUUAAAGUUGACAAUAACUGAGUUCUUCAAUCCGGAAGGCUUGUUGUCAUAGUCAUUGUAAUAUCUCAAUCAUGCUGGACAAGUCAUUUCAACAAACAAACUAAUAAAUAAUCAGUUUAUUGCAUAGUAAAAUGCCUAAGGACAAAAGCAAUAUGAGAUUUCAAAGAUUUCAAAAGAACAAAAUAUUGGAUAAACUCACUGUAACAUCAAUACUGUCUGUUCACUUUUCCACAAUCACUGAAUAUAAUGCUGUAUGUUUUUGUACACAAAGUUCAUGUACCAAUUCUGACUGUAUGUAAAAUUAAUUCUUUAUUUGGCUCAUGCCAAUACAAAUUGGAUACUCUUAAAAAGAGAUUGAGAUUUGAGCAGUGAGCUUUGGCAUCAUCCUGUGUAACAGUAACUUACAUUUGUUUAAUGUAUAUAUUAAAUUUAGUAAAACCUAGCAAAUAUACUUUAAAAGUUGAUGCUUAUGUACAAAAUGUAAAUUCUUUUCAGUGUUUUUCCCCAUGUAGCACAAAUUUGUUUCUUUUUAUUAUACAAAUAUACAAUAUAAAUCAAUUUUCUGGAUGUUUAUUUUUUUUCUGCACUAGGAAUAUUUUACUAAAUUCCCUCCUGUUUUUCCAUUAUGUUCUGAAAUAUUUUUUUGUUAAAAUGAAAAAGCUUUGCUUCUUCUAUUUCCUGUUACUUGAGUCAGUUUGAGGUUUUAAGGAUCCUCGUAUUGUUCAGUAGACCACUGGCUUCAGCUCUCAUCUUACUAUGUGAAUCCAUCCCACUCACAAGCUGCCAAACAGCUGAGGCAAAUUUAAGUUCAGUGUUAAAAUUUACCCUGUAAAAACAUGAUCAUAUGAGAACACAUGAGAAAAGCACCAUUAGGCAAUUGUCUUUCAGUGUAUUUUGUGCCCAGCAUAGAGAACCUGCACAAAUAAGGUUCUGUAUUUCUGUUGAUUGAUAGUGUUGGAUUUUUCAGUGACAAGUUCAUGCUUGGAAUUCCGCCGAUUAAAGGUCUAUGUGUCACCAUCGUCCACAGUCCGCAUGACAGAAAGUACCUCAGUCAGAUCUGCUUUAUAUUCCUCAGCCCAGACAUCCAGGAGAAUAGGGUUCUAGCCCCUCCAGACUACUGAAAAAGUGCAGUAGCAAAAUAUGGCUGAUUACCAACAAGUUUUUUUUUUCUUCAAACACAUAUGUACUAGCACAUUUGCAUUAACAUUUGACAUUAAAAGGUGACGUCUGUACAUUUCCUGUUAUAAUAAAAUCUUAAUCUCCA